UUAACCUAUUAUACUCAUUUUAAUGCUGUAUUUAUUUCAUGCAAAAUAUUUGUUUUAUUACAGCUCCCAAUGGCAAGAGAAAGGGAAAGAGAGAGGGACAGAGAUCGUGAUCGUUACCAUCGCCAUCGAUCUCACUCCCGAGAGCGUGAUGCUGGACGACGUGACAGGGACCGAGAAAGAAGGGAUAGACGAAGCAGGUCUCGGUCCCGCUCUAGAUCAAGGUCACCGUACAGCAAUCGUCGCAGGUCACCUGUCUAUAUGUCUGGCCCCUCUGGAAAGCAUGAUGAACCUUCAAUGGGGGAGUUGACAGCAGAAGAAAAAAAGAUGCGGGAAGUUAUGGGAUUUGGAUCUUUCCACACUACCAAAGGGAAAAAAGUGGAGGGGAACAACGUUGGUGCGGUUCACGUGAUUAUGAAGCGGAAAUACCGCCAAUACAUGAACCGAAAAGGGGGCUUUAACCGCCCCCUGGAUUUUGUGGCAUAAGUACCCCAUGGAAUGCUAUGUCAUAUGAUUAUGACCCAAGAAGGAUAUAAUAUAUAUAUACUGUAAAAAAUAAAUACGGAAGCUAUUGCCAAAACAUGAAAGUAAAGCAGUUUUCUCUCUCUCUCUCUCUCUCUCUCUCUCUCUCUCUCUCUCUCUCUCUCUCUCUCUCUCUCUCUCUCUCUCUCCUUUAUUAGCUCUGGGUUUGGACAGUGAAAGAUUAAUUUCCAUUAUCCAUUAUUAGUAAGUAUCUCUCUUCCCCUUGCUCUCCUUCACUCUCAGUAAUGUCAAGUAUGUAGUACUAACAAAGCAUUGCAAUUAAAGUAUAUUUUAUUAGCUUUUCAUUUUUUAAUUUUCUGAAAUAUAUAUAUGGUGGAUUCUUUUCAGCUCUGUACAUGUUGUUUGCUUUAGGAUGUAAAUUACACAUUAUUGUCUGUAGGCAAGUAUUGUAAAUCAUUACGUUGCACUUCUAACUAGAAAUCUUAACCCUUUGCUUUAUUACUGUAGUUUGCAGUUAACAUUUGAACAGUUUUUAAUUUCUAUAUCUGACAGUACCUAAUUGUGAAGUAUGAUUUGUCUAUUUAAUUUACCUGUAAAAUGUGCACAUUUAUUACUUAUGUAAUGUUCAUUUGAAAUAAAUUUAUAGGUUUGUA